CCGAGUACAGAAAGAACGUAAGAAUGAGUAACGCCUCGACACACGCUCAUGACAACACCCAACACGUGGGUGACGACCACAAUGAUGCCGAGACAGAGGCAUCUAGCUUCGUGCCUCAGCAGAAUGCUGGACAACCCAAUGUGCCACUGAACGCAGGAGAUAAUCAGAAUUUCGGGAAUCCGCCCGAGAAUGUCAUGCCUGCUUUCAUGACCCAGUUCCUACAGCAGAUGGCCAACGCGCCGAUGUUCCAGCAACCUCAGCCGCCACGGCGGCACAUCACCUUCAAAACAUUGAAGGAUAAUGUAGCGGAGGAGUUCCUUGGGGAUAAAGUGGCCGAACCUAAAGUGGCUCUUGAUUGGAUUGAACAGGUGGCUAGGGUUCUCAACGACUUGGAUGUACCGGUUGUAGAUCAUCCAAAGUUGGCAUCUCAGCUACUCCGCAAGGGAGCAUACGAGUGGUGGAAACGCGUUGACAGCGAGCCGCAGACGCCGAAGCCUUGGACAUGGGCACAUUUUGAUUGGGCUUUCAAGAAGGAAUACAUCCCAGCUCGUUUUCGAGAGGAGAAGCGGUCAAAAAUUGAAGAGUUUAGGAAGAGGUUGCGCCCUGAUGUGCGACCUUAUGUUUCUACCGUGGUCACCACUGACUUCUCAGUAGCAUAUGACUUGAUGGCUAAGGCGGAGAAAGUCGUGGAUGAUCUGAAGGCAAGCUUGGGUGCUGGGGGGACAGUUCCUAGCCAGCGACCCACUACCAGCGCGGCGCCGAGCGGCAAGAGAUCUUUUGGUGGUACUAAGGGUACCCAAAAGUUCAAGAAGACCAAGUCCGUGCCGGCUCAGUCACAGGCGGCGAGCAACCGAAGCAAACCUUCCAAGCAUCCAGUGUGUAACCUUUGUGGAAGAAACCACCCUGGCGAAUACUGGUUCGCGCAGGGCUUAUGUUUAGGAUGCGGGAAAGAAGGACACUUCCGCAAGGAUUGCCCAACUAACCCUGGGCGUGCCUUCCCCGUGGCCGAGGUGCAGACACAGACAGCUGGUCAGAGGCCAGCACAGAGCCAGAGGUCUACCGCGGGUUCAAACCCACCGAGAGGACAGAAUCAGAACCAGAACCGCCGAGCAGGGACACGCGCAUGCAGGCACCUAUGUCAUGCAGGGGCGUACCGAAGUGAACCGCGACGUCAUCUUGGAACUCCAGUUUGUUGGACCGAGCUGAGUGAAACUAAGCUGGAAGGACCCGACCUGGUUCGUGAGGCGGAAGAGAAGGUCUGCAUAGUGCGAGAUAGAUUGCGAGUUGCUUCGGAUCGUCAGAAAUCCUACGCCGAUCUCAAGCGUAGGGAGAUUGAGUACAAUGUGGAUGAUUGGGUGUUUCUCAAGGUUUCUCCGUGGAAGAAAGUGUUGAGGUUUGGCAAGAAAAGGAAGCUGAGUCCUUGGUUCAUUGGACCGUAUCGAGUCAUUGAACGCGUAGGACCAGUGGCUUACCAUUUGGAGUUACCUCCGGAACUACAGAAGAUUCACGAUGUAUUCCACGUGUCUAUGCUGAGAAGAUAUCGAUCUAACCCGUCACAUGUCCUACCUGAGGGAGCAGUCACCCUCGAUGAGAGUCUUACCUAUGAGGAAGAACCCGUUCAGAUCUUGGCACGUGAAGUAAAGGAACUGAGGAACAAGACAGUUCCCUUGGUCAAGGUGCUUUGGCGAAACCACGCGGUGGAGGAAGCAACCUCGGAGACCGAGGAGUCCAUGAGAGCUCAGUAUCCUCAACUCUUCAGUGACCAAUGACUUAGGAAUGAAAAUGAAGUGUGACAACCACU